AUGGCCUCCAAUGAGAAGUUCAAUCAUCCAUUUCAGCCGUAUGAGAUUCAAAUACAGCUCAUGAGUCAAGUCUACAGACUGCUCGAAAGUCACAAGAAAAUAGGUAUAUUUGAAAGUCCCACAGGUACAGGUAAAACACUAUCGCUGAUAUGCCCCACAGUCACUUGGCUUAGGAAUCACAAGGCAGAGUUUCUGAAUAAAAGCAGCAAUGAGGUUCUUUCUACGAAUGAAGAAGGUUUAGCCGUAAAGCAAGGUGACGACGAGGAGGAUAGCGAUGACGAGCCUGCUUGGGUGAAAGAAGCGUUUUCUGAGUCGGUACUUAAGGAAAAACUAAGGGCAUUGAAAGAAUACGAGGAACACUUGAACUCCAAGCGUUUUCCCACAAAUGUGGCUAGCGCGCUUUCUGCUGAGGGGGGAAAUUGUCCUGCUUCUAAAAAAGCUCGCGUGGUACCCCAUAUCCCGGUAGUUUUUGAGGAGAAUAAGUUUCUGCCCGACGAUGACCCCUCAUUGGCAUCGCUCGAUUGCGAAGAAUCGGCAGAUAACAAGACAAAGCUUGAUGCGGAAGUAAAGGCUUUGCUGGGCAAAGUUGAGGGUUCGCAGCUGGAAGAGAAGCCGUCAGGCUCGAAUCUUGCCUCACCAGUCAAGAUUUUUUUCGCCUCAAGAACUCAUUCGCAGCUAUCUCAAUUCGCAUCACAACUGAGGCUUCCUAGUUUCCCUUCAUCUAUUGAAUCUUUGGAAAAAGAGCGGAUCAAGCUUGUACCGCUCGGGUCCCGUAAGCAGCUUUGCAUCAACGCCAAAGUGUCGAAGUCCCCAAGCCAUACGAUAAACGAUAGCUGCAUGGACGCAAUAAGCAAGAAAGAAUGCGAGCCUUACACUAGGGCUAAGGAGCUUGAAAACGCAAGGAUGUUCAGAGACUACGCGUUUCAGGCAGUCCACGACAUCGAAGACAUCGCAGCGAUAGGUCGAGCCACCAACAUAUGUCCCUACUACGUUUCUCGUGAAUUUAUGAAUGAUGGAGUGGAAAUCGUCACACUGCCUUAUCAGCAUUUGCUUAUGGACAGUACUCGCAAUGCCCUAGGUAUUGAUUUGAAGGACUCUAUUGUUAUCAUCGAUGAGGCGCACAACAUCAUAGAUACUAUUAACACCAUCAACUCAGCGGAAGUCACUCAAGAGGAUCUCCUCAAUUGUAAAAUGGGGAUCAACUCCUACAUGCGUAAGUUUCAGAAACGUCUGAAUCCAGAAAAUCGGGUCAACUUGAGACGACUUUUGACGUUAGUCGCCCUGCUAAUUGCAUUCAUCGAAAAAAAUCAUAAGAAUGGUCGCACAUUUGAGGGCUUCGACAUAUUCGCCGGUACCAACGCUGACACUUUAAAUAUUCACAACCUUGAACGCUAUAUGAAAAGAACCAAGAUUGCCUACAAAAUCGACAGUUUCAUCGAAUACGAUCAACAAGGCGAAGAAACUGACCUUAAAAAGAGUCGAGAGCCUGUCCUCUUCAAGGUUGCCGCAUUUUUGAAGACGUUGACUAAUCCUUCUGCAGAGGGUCAGUUUUUUUUCGACAGAGAUCACAGCGUGAAGUAUAUGCUUCUGGAGCCGAGUUUCAGUUUUAAGAGCAUAGUUCAACAGUCCAAAUGCGUCCUAUUAGCAGGCGGUACCAUGGAACCUGUGUCUGACUUCAAAACAAACCUACUUCCAUUCGUAGACGAGAGCCAGAUCACGACUUUUUCUUGCGGCCAUGUAAUCCCAGAUGAUAAUAUGAACACUUUCGUGGUUGGGAACGAGUUUGAAUUCACAUUCGCUAAGCGUGAAGACCCGAAACUGCUGACAGACCUCCACAGCUUUUUAAUGAGAUUGAUCACCAUUAUACCCGAUGGGCUAGUCGUUUUCAUGCCCAGCUACAAAUUCCUUCAAACCGUCCUUGGAUUUUGGAAGACACGACUCAACAUAACAGAUAGCCUAGGGGCCAAGAAAAUUUUCUUCGAGGAAGCAUCCAAUCCCGAUGUCUUCUCUCAAUACUCUGAUCAGAUAAGGUCAAAAAGUGAAGGUGCGAUUUUGUUUGCAGUAGUGGGAGGGCGUUUAUCAGAGGGAAUCAAUUUUCAAGACGAACUGGCCCGUGCGGUAAUAAUGGUUGGAUUGCCCUUUCCUAACAUGUUCAGUGGUGAGCUAAUAAUCAGAAGAAAGCAUUUAGAACAGAAAGUGAUUCGUAAUGGUGGCAACAGUAGAGAUGCGAAUCUUGCUGCUCGCGAAUUUUACGAAAAUAUAUGCAUGAAAGCCGUCAAUCAAAGCAUAGGAAGAGCGAUUAGACAUGCAAAUGAUUAUGCCAAUAUUUAUCUGCUCGACAAAAGGUAUGAGUCGCCGCGCAUUCUGAAAAAACUGUCCACCUGGGUAAGGGAAAGAAUUUCGAGCACUAGUAACCCGGAUGAGAUUUUCAGGCUGAGCGCAAGUUGGUAUAAAUCGAAAGAAGACCAAGGGUAG